GUUACUGGUAGAGUUAUUUUCUCAUAUAAUUCAGGUAGUGGAUUGACUAGAGUUUAUGGUAAAAUUUGUGGAUUGACUGCUCAAUCAACUCAUGGUUUGCAUAUUCACACUUAUGGUGAACUUGAUUUAACAGAUGGUACUAGAACUGGUGGCCAUUUCAAUCCAUUCAAUAAGACACACGGUUAUCCAGGAUCUACUGAAAGACACGUUGGUGAUUUAGGUAACGUUACUGCUGAUGAUAGUGGUAUUGCUACUUUUGAUUUCAAUGUUGAUUUGAUUGAAUUGACUGGUGUUAGAAAUAUUAUUGGACGUGGUUUGGUUCUUCACACCACUAGAGAUGAUGGUACUUCAACUUCUGCUACUGGUAAUGCUGGUGGUAGAAUUGCUGUUGCUGCUAUUGGUAUU